AAUAAAAGAUGACAACAGCAGCCAGGCCAACUUUUGAACCUGCAAGAGGUGGACGAGGAAAAGGAGAAGGGGAUUUGAGCCAGCUUUCAAAGCAGUAUUCAAGCAGAGACCUCCCCUCUCAUACAAAGAUAAAAUACAGACAAACUACACAGGAUGCCCCUGAAGAGGUUCGUAACCGUGACUUUAGGAGAGAGUUGGAAGAGAGAGAGAGAGCUGCUGCAAGGGAAAAAAAUAGGGACCGUCCAACCCGAGAACAUACAACUUCCUCUUCAGUGUCAAAGAAGCCCCGCCUAGACCAGAUUCCAGCUGCCAACCUUGAUGCCGAUGAUCCUCUCACAGAUGAGGAAGAUGAGGAUUUUGAAGAGGAGAGCGAUGAUGAUGAUACGGCAGCUCUUCUUGCAGAGCUGGAAAAAAUAAAGAAGGAAAGAGCUGAAGAGCAGGCCAGAAAGGAACAAGAACAAAAAGCAGAGGAAGAGAGAAUUCGAAUGGAAAAUAUUCUGAGUGGAAACCCCCUCCUCAAUCUCACUGGCCCAUCCCAGCCUCAGGCCAACUUCAAGGUUAAAAGAAGGUGGGACGAUGAUGUCGUUUUUAAGAACUGUGCAAAGGGUAUAGAUGAUCAGAAGAAAGACAAAAGAUUUGUAAAUGAUACACUUCGAUCUGAAUUUCACAAAAAGUUCAUGGAGAAAUAUAUUAAGUAGUACAGUUUUAUGUGCUUAAUUAAAGUCUAAUAAAAUGUUAAGGAUCAAUUUGA